AUGACAUUAAAAGAACAUAAGACUGUGCAUGAAGCACAGAACGCUGUUGCUCGCCAAGCUCCAGAGCAUUUCUACAAGAGCCAGCCAAGCAGAGGUGGUUUCAUAAAGGACAUCUCCGAAUAUGAAAGACUUUACAAGCAGUCGAUUGAGGACCCAGAGACUUUCUUCAGUGAAAAGGCUCGUGAACUAUUGCACUGGGACGCCCCAUUCUCUAAAGUAUCGUACGGUUCUCUAGAGCAAGGUGAUGUCGCUUGGUUCCUAAACGGUAAACUAAACGCCUCUUACAACUGUGUGGACAGACACGCCUUUGCCAACCCAGACAAGCCUGCCAUUAUCUAUGAAGCAGACGACGAGAAGGACAACUAUACCAUCACUUUUGGUGAAUUGCUGAGAAGAGUAUCUAAGGUUGCUGGUAUCUUGAAGAGCUGGGGUGUCAAGAAAGGUGACACUGUUGCCAUUUACUUGCCAAUGAUCCCAGAAGCUAUUAUUGCUAUGUUGGCCGUUGUGCGUCUUGGUGCCAUCCACUCUGUCGUCUUCGCCGGUUUCUCAGCUGGUUCUUUGAAAGACCGUGUAGUCGAUGCUGGUUCCAAGGUUGUCAUCACUUGUGAUGAAGGCCGUAGAGGUGGUAAGACUGUCCACUUGAAGAAAAUCGUUGAUGAAGGUUUGAACGGUGUCGAUCAAGUCUCUCGUAUUUUGGUUUUCAAGAGAACAGGUACUGAAGGUAUUCCAAUGAAGGCUGGUAGAGAUUUCUGGUUGCACGAGGAAGCUGACAAGAGAAGAUCAUAUCUACCACCUGUUCCAUGUGAUGCCGAAGAUCCACUAUUCCUACUAUAUACAUCUGGUUCUACCGGCUCUCCAAAGGGUAUCGUGCACACUACUGGUGGUUAUUUGCUAGGUGCCGCUAUGACUACUAAGUACGUCUUCGAUGUUCAUCCAGAGGAUGUUUUCUUCACUGCUGGUGAUGUCGGCUGGAUUACAGGUCACACCUACGCUCUAUACGGUCCAUUGUUGCUAGGUGUACCAACUAUCUGCUUCGAAUCUACACCAGCUUACCCAGAUUACGGUAGAUACUGGAGAAUUGUCGAACGUCACAAGGCCACCCACUUCUACGUUGCACCAACUGCUAUGAGAUUGAUUAAGCGUGUUGGUGAAGCUGAAAUUAGCAAGUACGACUUGUCCUCCCUACGUGUCCUAGGUUCUGUCGGUGAACCAAUUUCUCCUGAACUAUGGGAAUGGUACAACGAAAAGAUUGGUAACAACAAUUGUGUUGUUUGUGACACUUUCUGGCAAACUGAAUCCGGUUCUCAUUUGAUUGCCCCAAUGGCGGGUGCCAUCCCAACCAAACCAGGUUCUACCACUCUUCCAUUCUUCGGUAUUGAUGCUUGUAUCAUUGAUCCAGUUUCUGGUGUUGAAAUUGAAGGAAACGAUGUCGAAGGUGUUUUAGCUGUUAAAUCACCAUGGCCAUCCAUGGCUAGAUCUGUCUGGAACGAUCACGUUCGUUAUGUCGACACUUACAUGAAGCCAUACCCAGGUUACUACUUUACAGGUGAUGGUGCUGGUAGAGACCACGAUGGUUACUACUGGAUCAGAGGUAGAGUUGACGAUGUUGUUAACGUCUCUGGUCAUAGGUUAUCUACUGCAGAAAUUGAAGCCUGUUUGGUUAACCAUGAGAAUAUCUCUGAGACCGCUGUGGUUGGUAUCAAUGACGAAUUGACCGGUCAAGCUGUUAUUGCAUUCGUAUCAUUGAAGGAAGGCUACCUACAAAAUGAUGCCCCAGAAGGUGAUGCUGAACAUAUUACUCCUAGUAACUUACGUAGAGAGUUGAUUCUACAAGUCAGAGGUGAAAUUGGUCCAUUCGCUUCUCCAAAGUGUAUUAUCUUGGUCAGAGACCUACCAAAAACCAGAUCUGGUAAGAUCAUGAGAAGAGUUUUAAGAAAGAUCGCUUCCAAUGAAGCAGACCAACUAGGUGAUUUGUCUACUUUGGCUAAUGCUGAUGUUGUUCCUGCCAUUAUCUCUGCCUGCGAAAACCAAUUCUUCGCAGAAAAGAAAUAA